CGCCGCCCCGUAGGAAUCUCCGCGGCCCCGGGGCCGCUUGCUUCCUGUUUGUCGGACGAGGAGACAUGGCGGCGGCGCCGGCGGCUGUUGGGUCUGGGGUCGGCCGAGGGCGACGGGCGGCGGCAACUGUGGCGGCUUGGGGCGGAUGGGGCGGCCGGCCGCGGCCUGGUAACAUUCUGCUGCAGCUGCGGCAGGGCCAGCUGACCGGCCGGGGCCUGGUCCGGGCCGUGCAGUUCACUGAAACUUUUUUGACGGAGAGGGACAAACAGUCCAAAUGGAGUGGAAUUCCUCAGCUGCUCCUUAAGCUGUAUGCAACCAGCCACCUCCACAGUGACUUCAUUGAGUGCCAGAACAUCCUCAAGGAAAUUUCUCCUCUUCUCUCGAUGGAGGCUAUGGCAUUUGUUACUGAAGAGAGGAAACUUACCCAAGAAACCACUUAUCCAAAUACUUAUAUUUUUGAUUUGUUUGGAGGUGUUGAUCUCCUUGUAGAAAUUCUUAUGAGGCCUACAAUCUCUAUUCGGGGACAGAAACUGAAAAUAAGUGAUGAAAUGUCCAAGGACUGUUUGAGCAUCUUGUAUAAUACCUGUGUCUGUACGGAAGGGGUUACAAAGCGUUUGGCUGAAAAGAAUGACUUUGUGAUCUUCCUGUUUACACUGAUGACGAGUAAGAAGACAUUCUUACAGACAGCAACCCUCAUUGAAGAUAUUUUGGGUGUUAAAAAGGAAAUGAUCCGACUAGAUGAAGUCCCCAAUCUGAGUUCCUUAGUAUCCAAUUUCGAUCAGCAGCAGCUUGCUAAUUUCUGCCGGAUUCUGGCUGUCACCAUUUCAGAGAUGGACACAGGGAAUGAUGACAAGCAUACGCUUCUGGCCAAAAACGCUCAGCAGAAGAAGAGCUUGAGCUUGGGGCCUUCUGCAGCUGAAAUCAACCAAGCGGCCCUUCUCAGCAUCCCUGGCUUUGUCGAGCGGCUUUGCAAGCUGGCAACUCGAAAGGUGUCAGAGUCAACGGGCACAGCCAGCUUCCUUCAGGAGUUGGAGGAGUGGUACACCUGGCUAGACAAUGCUUUGGUGCUAGAUGCCCUGAUGCGAGUGGCUAAUGAGGAAUCUGAGCACAAUCAAGCCUCCAUUGUGCUCCCUCCUCCAGGGGCUUCGGAGGAAAAUGGCCUGCCUCACGCUUCUCCUAGGACCCAGCUGCCUCAGUCAAUGAAGAUCAUGCAUGAGAUCAUGUACAAACUGGAGGUGCUCUAUGUCCUCUGCGUGUUGCUGAUGGGGCGCCAGCGAAACCAGGUUCACAGAAUGAUUGCGGAGUUCAAGCUGAUCCCCGGGCUGAACAAUUUGUUUGACAAACUGAUUUGGAGGAAGCAUUCAGCAUCUGCCCUUGUCCUCCACGGUCACAACCAGAACUGUGACUGCAGCCCGGACAUCACCUUGAAGAUUCAGUUUUUGAGGCUCCUCCAGAGUUUCAGCGACCACCAUGAGAACAAGUAUCUACUGCUCAACAACCAAGAGCUGAAUGAACUCAGCGCCAUCUCUCUCAAGGCCAACAUCCCCGAGGUGGAAGCCGUCCUCAACACUGACAGGAGUUUGGUGUGUGAUGGGAAGAGGGGCUUACUAACUCGUCUGCUGCAGGUCAUGAAGAAGGAGCCAGCGGAGUCAUCUUUCAGGUUUUGGCAAGCCCGGGCUGUGGAGAGUUUCCUCCGAGGGACCACCUCCUAUGCAGACCAGAUGUUCCUGCUGAAGCGAGGCCUUCUGGAGCACAUCCUCUACUGCAUUGUGGACAGUGAGUGCAAGUCGCGGGAUGUGCUCCAGAGUUACUUUGACCUCCUGGGGGAGCUGAUGAAGUUUAAUGUUGAUGCAUUCAAGAGAUUUAAUAAAUACAUCAACACGGAUGCAAAGUUCCAGGUGUUCCUGAAGCAGAUCAACAGCUCGCUGGUGGACUCCAACAUGCUGGUGCGCUGCGUCACUCUGUCACUGGACCGAUUCGAAAACCAGGUGGACAUGAAAGUUGCAGAGGUCCUGUCCGAGUGCCGCCUGCUUGCCUACAUAUCCCAGGUGCCCACACAGAUGUCCUUCCUCUUCCGCCUCAUCAAUAUCAUCCACGUGCAGACGCUGACCCAGGAGAAUGUCAGCUGCCUGAACACCAGCCUGGUGAUUCUGAUGCUGGCCCGACGGAAAGAGCGGCUGCCCUUGUACCUGCGGCUGCUGCAGCGGAUGGAGCACAGCAAGAAGUACCCUGGCUUCCUGCUCAACAACUUCCACAACCUGCUGCGCUUCUGGCAGCAGCAUUACCUACACAAGGACAAGGACAGCACCUGCCUGGAGAACAGCUCCUGCAUCAGCUUCUCAUACUGGAAAGAGACCGUGUCCAUCCUGUUGAACCCGGACCGCCAGUCACCCUCUGCCCUUGUCAGCUACAUCGAGGAGCCCUACAUGGACAUAGACAGGGACUUCACCGAGGAGUGAUCUUGGGCCAGGCCUCGGGAGGCUGCUGGGCCUGGGCCAGUGCGGGUGACCGUGGGUACGUGUGCCUCACGCCCUGCCCUGUCCCGUCCUCCCCCGCCC